UGACUGCACAAUGCCUGCAGGAGCAUAAACAACGGGGAAGGGGGGGCUCCGUGACUGUGAUCCGUGGGGGGCCUGUCCCUGGGGAAGGGAGGGUGGAGGAGGAAUGGGGCCCCAAGGAUGGGGAGCCGUCUUCUGGGGGAGGGCCAGGAGACCAGGUUGAACUGGCCUCUAUGGAAGGACCACAUGGCAUGACCUGACCUGGGCCAUGUGGGGUCUGCUGGAGCCUAGCCCUGUCGCUGACUCUCCUCUCCCAACAGCAGCUUCCCCGUGGAUGCCUGGGGGUCAGGAGCUGCCAUGCUCAGCCCCUCUGAUAGGGAGAGCAGCAGCAACCCCAACGUGCUGUGCCUUGGGGCUGGGAGCAGGGAGGACAGGGAGCCGGAGGGAGAGGAGAAAAUCUGUGCCGUGUGCGGCGACCGAGCCACCGGCUACCACUUCCAUGUCAUGACCUGCGAGGGCUGCAAGGGCUUCUUCAGGCGGUCCAUCAGCAAGGGCGUCUGCUUCACCUGCCCCUUCACCCACAACUGCACCAUCACCAAAGCCAAGCGCCGGCAGUGCCAAGCCUGCCGCCUCCAAAAGUGCCUGGCCGUGGGCAUGAGGAAGGACAUGAUCAUGUCAGAGGAGGCUCUGCAGAUGCGCCGAGUCCUGCGGAAGCAGAAGCAGCAGGAGCGGGAGCUGGCGGGGGAGCCAGCGGAGCUCACAGAGGAGCAGGAGCAGCUCAUCAGCAUCCUCAUGGAGGCCCACAAGAGGCACUUCGACUCCGGCUUCUCCCAGUUCGUGCAUUGCCGGCCCCCGGUGCGAUUGUACAUCCACAGCCUGAGCCCCCAGGAGCCAAGGGUUCCCCAGGGGGUCUCCCAGCCUGAGGAGGGCGGCCCCCUGGCCCCCUUGCAGAGCCUGCCAGAGGACAUGCUGCCUGACAUCUUCUCCCUGCUGCCCCACUUCGCCGACCUCAGCACCGUCCUCAUCCAGCAAGUGAUCAAAUUCGCCAAGGAGAUCCCAGCCUUCAGGAGUUUGCCAAUUGAUGACCAGAUCUCGCUUCUCAAAGGCGCCACUUUGGAGAUCUGCCAGAUCCAGUUCAACACGGUCUUCAACGAGGAGACCAAGGCCUGGGAGUGCGGCCAGCACUGCUACACCAUCCAAGACGGUGCCCUGGCCGGGUUCCAGCAGAUCUACCUGGAGCCGCUGCUCAAGUUCCACAUCAGCCUGAAGAAGCUCAGGCUGCACGAGGCUGAGUACGUCCUGCUGCUGGCCAUCGUCCUGUUCUCGCCUGACCACCCUGGCAUCACUCAGCGCCACACCAUUGACCAGCUGCAGGAGAAGAUGGCCCUCACGCUGAAGAGCUACAUUGACCAACGGCAUCCGCUCCCGGAAGGCAGGCACCUCUACGCAAAGCUGCUCUUGCUGCUGACCGAGCUGCGGACGCUCAAGGUGGAGAACACCCGGCAGAUCCUGCACAUCCAGGACCUGACCAUCAUGACACCGCUGCUCUCUGAGAUCAUCAGCUAGACCCCAGAGACAGGACCUGCUGGCCAGCCCCUCUCGCUGGGCCGGGCCCCCACUGGACCGGGUCUGCCUUCUCGCUGGGGCCAGGACCCCCACUGGACUGGGCCCAUCCCCCUACUUUCCAGGCCUUUCUGCUGCCCCCCAGGAGCUCAGGGACUCCUCGGCUGAGCCCCGCAGCCAGACCCUGCUGCCCAAACUUGUUGAUCCUCUCCCCUCCACUCAGCGAAUCCGACCCACUCUCAGCUCCUGGGGCCUGGGCCAGCUGUGGCUCUGAGGAAUCAAAACCGACCCCUCGGCUCAGCUGCGCCCCUGCCUGGCCAGCACUGCUUGUACAGAGCAGCCCAGGGACACGGCUGAAACAGGCCAGAACCAGCCUGCGUCUGGACCAGACCCGAGCCUGAUGCUUGAGCCCAGGCAGGCCCAGAUGCUAGAUGCUGCAGCCGGGCAGAGGUGGGACGGGCAUGUGGCCAUUCGGCUGGACCUGCAGCUUUGGGGGCUCUAGCCUGUCUGCCCAGUGUCACCUCGGGCCAGCGUCUGCACCGGAGCCUAGCCAGGCCCAGUGCUGGGAGUAGGAGCGCUGGGCAUGGCUGAGAGUAAGACACCAGGGCAGGAAGGGGAGUCCCACCCACAAGUGGGGCAGGCCCUGUGAAUCCCCAUGGCCUGCUCUGGGCCCAGCAGGCAUGGUGGGGCUGCCCACUGCAGCUCACAUGCCUGGAGGAGGGCCCUGCCCAGUAUGUGCCAGCACCUGCAGCCAGUCUGGCAAGAGAGCUUGGCAUGAGGUCUGCAUCCCCCAGCCCUCCCCACCAUACAGUGCCCCCCCCAACCCUGACCCCUGCCUGCCUUCCCCAUUCCAGAUCCUGCGUCUUAGCAGUGCCCCACCCCAGCACUGCCCCCUGCCCCAUACAGAGCAUGUCCCCUUCCAUGCAGGUGUGACCCUCAGUCCUGCCCCAUCCUACAGGGAAUGAGCCCCUCAACUCUGAUCCCCCACCCCACUGUGGGGCCUGCCCCCCCAACACAAAGCCUGCCCCUCAGCUCUGCCCCACCCCAGCACAGGGGCUGCUCCUGUAUGGGGCCUGUCCCUCGGUCCUGCCACACUUUCCCACCCCAGCAUAGGGCAUACCCCCCUCAGACCUGCCCACCCCAGUUCAAGGCCUGCCCCUUGACCCUGCCCCACCCUAGCAGAGGAUCAGUGCCCUCCCAGCCUGCUGGCCUGCACAUGAUUGACCAUUUUAAACAGGGAAACUGAGGCACCAAGCAGUGCUGUGACUUGAGCCUCUAGCUAUUGGUUUCUCAGCCUGGAGCUCCUGAGGGCCAUGGCUCUAGCUGCCAUGAGCCCAAAAGUGCAGCCAGUGAAGCCGAGAGGGGCCCAGCUGGGGGCCAAGAAGAUCGGCUGCCCUUGUAGGGUGGGCAUGGUCUUAUUGACUGGGUCCCUCCUGCCCUGUGGCCCUGGACAUGGGGAGGGUGUUUGUUUGAGGGCUGUUGCUGGAGUUGUGAGUCCUCAGUAUAGGCCAGUGCCCAGAGGCCCUGGGGUCAAUGGGCAUAGAACCCAGGUGUCCUACCUAUCCCGGGUGCGGCCGUUUACUCCAGCGAAACACUCCCAGUGUAGAGCAGGGGGGUGUUGGGCACCAGCUUUACCCAGGCCCCAAUAACCCCCCCUUCACCAUGCGGGGUGAUGUCACCCCCUGCCCUAGGCACUUUUCCCUCCAUCAGCCAUGGGCCUGGCCCACACCUGGGACAUCGCCCAUGGCCACCCUACAGCUCCAGGUCAUGCCACCAUGCCAGCUCCCUGGCUGUGUUUGGGGGCUCAUGAGGGGCUGGGCUGCUGGCAGCAUAGGCAGGGACAUGGCACUGUGACUCCUGGGGGCAUAGCUUGGGGGGGACACAUGACAGGCUGGGCUGCUGUGGGGGGGUGGGUAGGGCCAUGGUGCCUGGGACAUGUCUGUCACUAGCACACUUUAGGGGCCAAAUUAAAGCCUCAUUUAUUUAUUCACUCUCUUUGUGCCUCUAACGGGGGGCAGCCCCCCAAUCGCUCGCAGGGCCCACCUAUCCCUGACAGCUACUCCUCUGGGGCAGUGACUUGGUGCAAGCCAGGCACCUGCUUGGGGGCACAAGUGGGGGAGGCAUUGAAAACAUGGUCUACUCCUGGCACACCUCAUUCACCCCACUCUCUGUCAGGCCCCCCAUCCAGUGCAGGGCCAUUCUCCCCAUUGUACACAGGGAGAAACUGAGGCACAGGGAGGGGACCUGCCCAAGGAUACCCACAGAAACAGUGGGAGGUGAACCCAGGAGUCCUGGCUCCCUGGCCCAGCAUUCAAUUGGUCUGUUAGUGUCUCUCAGUCUCCCCCCACACCCUCUCCCAGUCAAAUGGCCUCCUGGGGUAUCUGGGAGACCCUGCCCCCUCCCCAAUUCUGUCUCCUCCCCUCCCCCAGUUCCAAGGCUUCCCUCUCCCUAAGCACCUUUCCCAGGCAGCCUCCCCACCCCCACUGGCUCUCUGUCCUUG